AUGUCGGCCUCUGCCGCCAUCGCCAGCUCGGCCGUCUCCACCCUUUACCGCAUCGUCGUCUACCUCUUCCUCCAAGUCGUCCCGAAAGGGGAGGCAAAGUACCUCAUACCCGCGCUCUAUGCGCUCUAUGUCGUGUUCUCCUACUCCGCCGUCCCUGUCUUCUCCCAUCUCGUCGCCGUCAAAAAGGAGGUCGUCGCUGGCGAGUCCAAGGAGAAAAAUGGCCACCCUGUCACCGAUGUCUCGCUCUCAGAGACACCCGUGGUCGUCCCUCUGAGUGAACCCUUUGACUGGAGUUCUGCUCUCACUACCAUCAUCUUCUCAGUGCCCUCCCCCAUCCGUGCCCUUCGUCUCGCCAACCUCGCCAUCAACACUCUCCUCCUUCUCGCCGUCGCCGACUUUGUCGCCGUCCCUUACUUCGACGACGCGUCAGGCGUUGUCUACACCCGUGUCGGUGCCCUGUACCCAGACGCAGCCAAGAUUGUCGUCCGCUACCCCGCUCAUAACGCGACUGAUAAUCUCGUUCGUCUUUCAUGGCGCCAGGUCAACCCCAAAGCCACUUCCAACGACGCCCCCUGGCGCGAUGGUCCCACCACAAACCUCACCUCCGAUCUCGACUGGGUCCAAACAGUGCGUUUGUCUGGGCUCUGGCCCAAAACUACCUACGAAUACCGCUUCCAUGACGCCAACAACACCCUUCUGUCCUAUCCUCCCGAGCCCAUCCGUUUCCGCACCUUCCCGGACCCCAGACUCUCCAGUGGCUCCAACUUCCGUUUCAUUGCGUCCUCUUGCAUGACCCCGAACUUCCCCUAUAUGCCUUUCCAAGGGCGCAGGCUCAAAGGUCUCGACCUCCUUGCGGACUACAUCUGGCCCCCUGAACCCUCCGCCUCGACAGCGCCCGACUUUGAAACGCCGCCCGACUCUGUUGAGGAGCUGGAGGGGGACCGUCCGCCCCCGCCCGAGCUUCGCUUGACCCCAGCACCUCCCCCUCCCGAGUUCAUGAUAUUCAUGGGUGAUUUUAUCUACGCUGACGUUCCUGUCUAUUUCGGGGAUGACGCCGAAGCCUACCGUCGUCUCUAUCGCCGCAACUACAACAGCCCGAGCUUCCGAAAGGUGUAUGAGAGACUUCCUAUCUUUCAUACUUACGACGAUCAUGAGAUCAUCAACAACUAUGUUGGCCAAGGCAAUGUCUCCCGGGAGCCUUUCCCAAACGCUGCCGACGCCUUCAGCCUAUACAACGCUGAUGCUAACUAUGAGUCACCCGAAGAAGGCCAGUACUACUACGACUUCCGUUACGGCGACGCUGCGUACUUCGUCAUGGACACGCGCAAGUAUCGCUCCGAUAUUACGUCGGAGGACCCGAGCGUACACACAAUGCUCGGCGAUAAACAGCUCGGAGCGUUGUACAAUUGGCUCGGCAAGGUCAACCAGACCGUUGUCUUCAAGUUUAUUGUGACCUCGGUGCCGUUUACGUCCCUCUGGACGCAUGACGCGCAAACGGACUCGUGGGCAGCAUAUCCCACGGAAAAGGCUUCUCUGCUGGCUGCGCUGCACACCGUGCCCAAUGUGAUUAUCCUCUCCGGAGAUCGCCACGAGUUUGCUGCGAUCGAGUAUGAGAGCGGCGACGUCGGCCACAAGGUGCUUGAGAUCUCGACGAGCCCUAUGAGCAUGUUCUACGUGCCAUGGAUUCGCACGCUGCGCCCUCACAGCGCCGAAGUCGUCAACAAGACGGUUGAAGAUGUCAUUAUUGCUGAAGACGGAACCAAGGAUGUGACCCAGUAUGUUGUCGAAGUCCCAAGGGAGAAGGUCAUAAAGUACAUCGGCGAGGGAAACUACAAGUGGGCAUCCAUUGAGGUCGACACCUCUGACUACCAACACCCCGUCGUGAAUGUGGAGAUCAUGAUUGACGGCAAGCCAGCAUAUAAACUUGAAGUGACCGGGAAGCCCGUAAAAAUGCAGUCGUCAACCUCCGUCGGGGCGCUCCUCCCCAGCUCCUUCCAGUCGAUGCUCGACAUGAUCGGGCUCAAGCCCGGCAAGUGGUUCUAA